AUGCAAAUCACAUUUUUCUUUGCUGUAUUGUUCUUAUUGGAUCUCUUUUCUUGCUGUCAUGCUUAUCUGCAAUAUCCCUUGCCUGACAUAGAAGAUGCAAAGUUCAUUGAAGACUGUGUGAGAACUCACAACCAGUUGCGAUCCAAGGUGAAUCCACCAGCCAGCAAUAUGCUUCGCAUGUCCUGGGAUGCUGCUUUAGCUAAGACUGCCAAAGCGUGGGCAAAGAAGUGCAAGUUUAAGCACAAUAUCUACCUUAAAAUGCUGGGGAAGGUGCACCCCACCUUUACUCCUGUUGGAGAAAACAUCUGGACUGGCACAGCCACCAUCUUCUCCGUGGAUGCAGCUCUCAGUGAUUGGUUUAAUGAAGUCAGCAGCUAUGAUUUCAACACCAAUAGCUGUAUUGGCAUGUGUGGUCACUACACCCAGGUCGUUUGGGCAGAGAGUUACAAAGUUGGCUGCGCAGUCCACUUCUGCAAUACAGUUGAAAAUUUUCCGGGGCUCUUCCGAGCAGCACAUUUUGUUUGCAACUAUGGGCCAGCGGGGAAUUACCCAAGAAAACCGUAUAAAGUAGGACGACCAUGCAGUGGAUGCAGUAAUGAGAAGUGCAUAGACAAGCUCUGUGAAAAUACAGAACGUGAGAAGCUGAUAAAUUAUGCCUACUGGUAUCCGGACUGGGAUCGUCCCUCUUGUGACCAGUACUGUAUUAGUGUUUCAGUUUUAAGGCCACUGUUUUUGGUACUGAGUACUGGUGCUGUUCUUUUAGUUCAACAGUGGUUUCCACACACAUUUUUUAAUGAGUAA